AUGGAUCAGAACGUUGUCAAUGAUGAGAAGAAACAUCGUGGACAUAGAACUUAUAAAUUCCCCGUGAUUUUGAUAAUCAUCUCCUUGGGUGGAUUGAUGCUUGGUGUGGAAACUUCGUCAAUGCCGGUAUUUGUUGGGUCUGCCUAUUUCCGCAAAUAUUUCAACAAUCCUGGUGCUGUUGCUCAAGGAAUUAUUGCAGCUUCAAAUCCUGCUGGUGCUUUUUUUGGAUGUUGGGCUUCUGGUUUCAUAUCUGACAGAUUUGGAAGAAUUGCUGCGCUUCAAACUGGUUCAACCAUAUGGAUUGGUGGUUCAAUUGUCUCGGUGCUUGCUCAAAAUAUACCAAUGGUUAUUACUGGAAGAGCUGUUAAAGGGUUUUCAGUGGGUAUAUUUUCAGCAUCCCUACCUGUUUAUGUCUCUGAGAUAUUCCCACAAAAUAAGAAAGGUCUUGGUACUUCUGUUAUGCAAUGGUCCUUAACUUGGGGCAUUAUGCUCAUGUUUUAUAUUUCAUAUUUUUGCAAUCUUUUAGGUGAUGAGCGAGCAUUUCGUAUAGCAUGGGGUAUUGAAAUAGCACCUGCUAUUUCUUUGUUAGUUGGUACAAUAUUUCUUCCAGAAUCACCAAAAUGGCUUGCUACAGGUUCAAGAUGGGAAGAAGCUGAUCAUAUACUUGAGAAGUUGGGAAUACAACCCGAGAAUAGAAUGGGAAAUCAAGUGGGUCUUAUUGACAUGUAUGACUCAACAGGCUCAAAGUGUACAUAUCUUGAUUUGUUUCGCAAGGAUUUAAGAAAGCAUCUUCUCGUGGGAAUAACAACUCAAUUAUUUACACAAUUGAGUGGUAUUGGGGUUCUCAUGUACUAUUUGGUUUACAUCUGCCAAAUGGUUGGGCUUUCUGGUGAAGUGAAAAUUUUAUCGGCUUCUAUUCAAUACGUUAUCAAUGUUUUAUUCACAAUUUUUCCUAUUCUUUGGUUAGACAAGAUGAGGCGUAAAGAUGUUCUUGUGUUUGGGGCAACUUUUUUGGGGACAUGUAUCUCAACUAUUGGAGCUAUAAUGGGCUGGUAUGGUCAUGGUGUUCCGCCAAUUGACGGUAAUGAAAGUAUCGUUUGGGAAGUCACUGGUACCCCUGGAUCUCUUUGUUUAGCCUUGUGUUUCCUCUUUGUUGCUGUGUUUGCCUCAACGCUAUCAUGUGCAGGGUGGUUAUAUACUAAUGAGAUUCUUCCAUUACGUGCUAAGGCUAAAGGCUCUGCUAUUUGCAUGAGUGUUUCAUGGACGGUGAAUUUUACAUUAACAUUUUUGACCCCACUUUCUAUGAAGCACAUUAAAUGGUUUACCUUUUUGAUUUUUGGUCUUUUCUGUAUUUCUGGUGCUUUUAUUAUGGGGUUUUUGUUUCCAGAAACUUAUGGAUUGUCA